AAUUGCAUAUUUUUUUAUCGGUAUUUAGUGCUUACAGUGCAGUAACAUCUCAUUUUUUCCCCAUCAUCUAGUAACUUCGCAAUAUAAGUUAGCAAGAAUUUAAAAAAGAGAAAUAGCAAUAAAUAUCAGUAAGGAUGAAAGAAAUAGCUUUCAUGACUUCCAAAUGUGUCACCACAUUCAUUGAAUCUCGAGAAGUUACAGAAAUAAAAUUAUAUGUGCACAACAUUAGUACUUAUUUGUCUCUAUGUGAUUUCUUAAAGAAUAUGUGAAAUAUGUGCCGUUUUUGAAAGAAAUGUACCUAGGUUAUACAUGAUAUGUGACACGAAGAAAAAUUGUCUAAAUUAUAUCAUAUUAGACUUAAAUUUAAAAGUAUACAUUAUAUAACAUUGUCGUGAAGACGAUUCAUAUCAACAUACAUAAUUUUACUAAGGGUCACUUAAUAUAAAUAACGUGGAUCCACCGCAUGCUUUUAAAUAGUGGUAUACAAACAAUGUGUACUUUGACAAGAGAUGUAUAAAGGACAGUAACAAUGAAUACUUCAAAAAAGAUAAGUGAUCAUAAUACAGAUCAUGCUGUAGCAGGGGCUGUUAGUGGCUUUAUAACAAGAUUGGUUUUUCAACCUUUAGAUGUUAUAAAAAUUAGAUUUCAGUUGCAGAUUGAACCAAUUAUAAAUCACCAUGUUAGCAAAUAUCAUUCUAUAAAACAAGCAUUUUUUUUGAUAACUAGAGAGGAGGGAAUUUUUGCACUUUGGAAAGGACACAUACCUGCUCAACUUUUGUCGGUUGUAUAUGGAAUGAGUCAGUUUUAUUCGUAUCAUCUGAUUACAAAAGCAACUGAAAACUUUUCACAAUUCAAUGAAUCAAAGUAUUCAAUAAAAUUUGUAGCAGGUGCAAGUGCUGGUUGCAUAGCUACAACUAUAUCAUUUCCUUUUGACACAAUGAGAACAAGAUUAGUAGCCCAAUCAAGUAAUCAUGCAGUAUAUAAGGGACUUCUACAUUGUUGCAGUUGCAUUAUUCAACAUGAAUCUUCUAAAGCAUUUUUUAAUGGAUUAUUACCAACAUUAUUGCAAAUUGCACCACAUUCCGGUUUGCAAUUUGCAUUUUAUGGACUUUUCACUGAUAUAUAUAAAAGAUACAGUAAAAAAACUGAUACAAGUUUUUAUAAUUCUGUGUUAUCCGGCAGUGUAGCUGGAUUGUUAGCCAAAACUGUGAUAUAUCCACUUGAUCUUAGUAGAAAAAGAUUACAAAUACAAGGAUUUCAGCAUGGUAGGAAAGGUUUCGGUACUUUUUUCUCUUGCACCGGGAUGUUAGAUUGUUUAAGACUAACGUUAAAAGUAGAGGGUCCAAGGGGAUUAUUUAAAGGCUUAGCACCGAGUCAGUUAAAAGCUGCAGUAACAACAGCUUUACAUUUUACCAUAUAUGAACAGUGUUUAAAAUUAAUAAACACAGUAAGGAAGUUACAUGCAUCAGAAAAAUUAAACGAUUAAAAUGUUAGUAACAAUAUAAUCUAAUAUAUUCCUCAAACGUUGUAUAAAUGUUUUAAAGUAUAUCCAUCAAUUUAUACAUAUGUGCAUGUAAGUACAAAAUAUUAAUAAAUGUACUGGAUAUACGACUUAUACAUAUAGUUUCAAUAUUUUACAAUGUUUAUAUUUGAAGUGGACUGGGCAUUUCGUUUGGUGUUCCUUUCAGAACUGCUAAAAUGUUUUUUGCAGUAAUCCUCGACAUCUCUUCCCGUGUUUCUGUAGCAGCACUACCAAUAUGAGGUAAUACCACUGGAAUAGGAAGUAAAAUUUAUAUGAUUAUCAUAAAUUAAUCAUAAAUUACAAAUAUAACUAUUAUAUUUACCACAAUUAUCCAAUUUUAAUAAUUCGCUAUCUAAUGGAAUGGGUUCUGGAGUCAUAACGUCUAAUCCAGCUGCUCUAAUUGUUCCCUUUUUUAGAGCUUCUAUUAAAGCAACCUGAUCAACAACUUCUCCCCUACUAACGUUAAUGAAUAUACCAGAUCUUUUCAUCUUUUUAAAUGUAUCCUCAUUGAACAUUUGUCUUGUUUCUGGUGCUAAGGCUGUUGUCGCAAUAACAAAGUCACUUUCUUGUAAUAGUUCAUCAAGUUUUACUUUUUCUCCUCCAAAUUCAGAUGCUUCUUGUUUAACAGUUCUACUUGUAUAUAAUAUUUUUGCAAUGUUAAAACCUUUGAGGAUUUUAGCCACUUGAAUACCAAUACGACCUAGGCCUACUAUUCCAACUGUAGAACCAGAUAAACCAGGGCCGCACAUCCAAGUAGGUGACCAUGCUUUCCAUUCUCCCCUAUAUAUAUAUUAAUCAAUUGAAUGGAUUAAUAUUUAAUCUUUUAUUAUUACUAUAUCUCCAUUUCAUUAUAUGUAUAGCUUCAAAACAUACUUGUAAAUAGCUCUGUUUGCUUCCACUAGUCGCCUAGAUGUAGCUAAUAAUAAUCCUAUAGUCAGUUCAGCUGUUGCAUCUGUUAAAAUUCCAGGUGUAUAACCUACUUUGAUGUUCCUAUCUUUUAAAGCUUUCAAAUCCAAGUGGUCAACUCCAACUGACAUAGUACCAACUACUUUUAAUAGUGGUCCUGCAGCAUUUAAGACUUCAUCAUCUAUUUUGUCUGUUAGUAAACAAUAAACUCCAUCAACAUUUUGUACUUUUGAUAAUAAUACAGAUCUUGGUAUUGGUUCUGGUUUUUCCCAGAGGAUAAUGUCACAUCUAUCGCAAGGUGUAUAGGAAAAAAAAUAUUAUUUUAUAUACAUUUAAAAUUUAAUAAUAAAGUAGGUUAUUCAAAAUAUUUCAAACUUAUAAACAUUUAUCGAAUAAUAGUCACAUAUACUACACACAUUUAGUGCAUUACUCGUGUGUAAUAGAGAUUUAAAAGCAUGGUGUUUGAUAGCAUAAAUAAAUAACAUGUGUUUUAUUUUUUACUUGAAAAGUACUUACUGUUCUUGUAAUAAAUUUAAUCCUGCAACCGGUAUAUCUGGUCUAGUAAUCAAAACUUUUGGUCGAUUCAUUUUUAUUGAACUGGUUAUAAACAAUUUUGGGUUGUUCCUCAAUGACAGCAAGAAAGUGAAUGAAAAAAGCGGUUUUUGAGUCGGUUUGACAAAUCGAAUGAAGUUAGGUAAUAACAUGUCGUUUUUUAAUAUAUCACUAUAAAAUUAUUUAAUGUUAAUUUUAUAGUAUAGCUUUCGUAAUUCUACGUUUUUGCAAUUCCUUUAAUAUUUCAUUCUUAUUCCUAUCGUUUUAUGACGCUACUUACAGAAUUGAGCAGAUUUUCGAAAAAGAAGAAAUCGUGACGUCUAUCUACCAAUGGAGGUACUGUAAAAUAGUUUCUACUAAUUCUCAGCAUCCCGCGAGUUUUGAGAAGUUACUGGAACUACACUGUAUUUUAUUUUACCAUACUCUGUAUUACUACUUACAAACUAUAAUAUUAAUUU